ACUUGAAACUCCUACUUAUCUUUCCUUUCACUUGUAGAAACAGAGACAUUCUUUGAUUCUCCAGCUCCGGAUAUAUUUAAGUUUUACUACUUCAAAACAGUUGUUUGAUUGUUUCCAAAGGUAAUGAACAGAUAAAAUUGGUCAUCAUCAUCAUCAUCAUGUCAUGAGUAAUAUGAACUUGUUAAAUCCAGACUGCUUUCUUCUCUUGUCAAUCACUGUUCUUCAUUUUUUGUUUUUACCUGUUUCUUGCUUUCAUCAUAAUCAUCAUCAACAACAACAGCAAUGGCUCCAUUCACCAUCACAACCUCCUACUCAGGGUUUUGUAAUGGAAGAUAAGUCGAGAUUGGGAUCAACACCACCAAGUUGUUAUAAUCGAUGUGACCAUUGUAAUCCAUGCAUGGCUGUUCAAGUACCAACACCAAUUCGUGACAGAUUUAGACCUGGUUUAAAGAAAUUAGUUCCAUUAAUGAAGAAGAAGAACGAAGAAAAGAGUACUGAAUCAGUAUAUACAAAAUCGUCAACAGGUAAUGAUCAGUACACAAAUUACAAACCAUUAGGAUGGAAAUGCAGGUGUGGGAAUCACAUUUUCAAUCCAUAAUUAAUUACUCAAGCGAUGAAGAAUUUAUGAUUAGAUUCAUUAAUCUUGUAUUGUUUGUUCUUGAGAAAUCUUAGGAUUAUUGUACCGUUUUCAUUAUUAUACUGUAAAUACAGGGGAGGUGUAAAUAAAGUGUUAAGUAACAUCUUAUUUUCUCUGUUUUGUGUAAUAUUUUGUAAUAAUAAUAAUGUA